AUAUGUGGGUCGCCUUUAUUUCCGCUAUUCGUUUUCGUACGAAAACCGAAGUUCAAAUCAUCUGUCGCCCUAGAGUUUAUCUAGUCAAAAUCAUAAAUGUUAUUUGAAAUUCGCGCAAAAAAAAAAUCGAAAGUCGCCUGAUCCUGACGUUUGGGAUUAUGAGUUUUAGUUUACGUACUUAAUUUGAAAUGAUGCUUUUGGUACAUUUUCGUGUUGUCCAAGGAUAAAAGAACAACGUAACACAUUUGGAAAGAACCGCACUGUAAUGACUUCUCAACACAUUCCAGGUGAAAAUACUGUCCAAUGUAACGUAGUGAGCUCCUCUUCUGACCUUUACAAUUGCCCGUUCGUUUCAAAUUUCCCAUUACACGGUAGAGCGCACUACAGAUUUUACAGGAGAGUGAAACUGUCAACCCAUCCCACAAAUUCUAGGAUGAAUUCUUCCAAUCCUGUACCAAAGAUUCCCAGGGACGCUAACGGAAAUGUAGUUAUAACCACAAGAAAAGCACUCCUGGCGGUUGCAAGCAUAUUUGCCGGUGCACUAUUUAUGUUGUAUUUGCUGUAUAGAACAUUUCCCAAUGUCACUGAUGAGGAAAGACAACAUUUGAAAGUACCUUGGAACAUAGAAGAUGCUAAACAAUUAGGUCUAGUAUUGAGUCGAUACAAAGGGGAUCAUUACUAUCAUGUUAUGGCGGGAGUGUUCUUGACAUAUAUUUUCUUGCAAUCGUUUGCAAUACCUGGAUCAUUGUUUUUGUCCAUCCUGUCAGGAUUUUUAUUUCCCUUCUAUGUUGCCUUACUAUUAGUAUGUACUUGCUCAAUGAUUGGAGCUACACUGUGUUUCAUGCUGUCUCAACUGCUAGGAAGGAGGUUAGUUCUGAAACACUUUCCAGACAGAGCUCACCGCUGGGCUAUACAAGUUGAAGAACAUAAAAACAAUCUCUUCAAUUACAUGGUCUUUUUGCGUAUUACACCUAUUCUCCCAAAUUGGUUUAUCAACUUGACAGCCCCAGUAAUAGGGGUGCCUUUAAUACCGUUUGCCUUGGGCACUUUUGUUGGUGUUGCCCCACCUUCAUUUUUUGCUAUACAGGGUGGACAAACUUUGCUUGCUAUGACUGCAGAAGAUAAUGCAUUUAAUAUGCAGACAUUCAGCUGGUUGGCGGUUUUUGCACUGAUCUCAAUUAUUCCAAUAUUCCUCAAAAAUAAAGUGUAACCAAAGUAUUAUUAAAUUAAUUAUUUAUUUUUGUAUAGGUAAAUUUUGCGGUGUAAAUUGAAUACUGAGUCAUUAGAUAAAUUUUGUUGUAGUUAAAUUGUUGGAUUUGUUUGUACCAUUAUUUGUAUCAAAAUACAAAAAUGUACAGUUUUGAAAA